AUUGAGGAAGAAAUGUGUCAAUGAAGAUAAAAGGCGUGUCUGUUGUCAGUUGAUGUGUUCACAGACGGAAAAAAAAUGAAGAGCUUCUAGCAUGAGCAAUUUUUCUUUGUCCUUUUUUUUCUUUUUAAUUUAUAAUUUUGAGAAGUUGGUGUUAGGACUGCAAUUCAUUCGGUUUGGCUGAGAGUCUUUCCAAACUCAAUUUGAAGUGAGAGAAAUUCAUCUGAGUCCCGUAUUUAGAUGAUGAUAAUAAAAUUUCUGUUACAAGUGUUCCCUUCCUAAACCCUUACAAAGUCUUUACCAAAACUUCCUCCUCUUUCACUAAAAUCAUUCGUCAAGCCUUCUCGGGCCUCAUGCCUAUUCAAACUCGGCUUGAAGUGUAGCCCGAUUCCAAGUUUACCUCACACAGAAGUUUACCUUUCAGAGUCGUAGUCAGACACACAAAAGCAGAUAUCAUUGUUGUGUGGGUUUGAUUUGAUAAGAUGAAGCAAUUGAACCGUCAAGAAACAGAUGUGCUCUGUCAGGAGGGAAGGUUUUGCUAAUUUUCAAUUCAAGAAUUAACAUCUGCAAAACCAACAAGCUGGAAAUGGAUUCUUGUUUGUCAUCUGACAAUGGGAAGUCCUAUUGAAAAGCCAAGGAUAAACCCCUUGAAAGUGUUUUGGAAUUUAAGGUUUUCCGUGGAAGUCUUCUGGAAUUUAAGGUUUCCUUAGUCCUUAUAAAUGCAAAACUCCAUUGGUUCAUUGUUUUUAUAUCUGUAUCUACACAAUUCAGUGGUGAAUAUUUAUAUAUUUCUUGCCAUGUCAGAUCUUAUCUUUGAUGACCAAGAUGUGGUUUCAAGAUCAACUUCAGAUGCACCACCUGCUCACUACACGAUUAAAAUCCAAUUAUUUUCAUUGCUAACAACCAAUAACAUAGAAAGAUACGACUCCGGUGAUUUCGAAGCUGGAGGCUACAAAUGGAAAUUGGCUCUCUACCCAAGUGGAAACAAGAGCAUGGGUUUCAAAGAUCACCUCUCUCUUUACUUGGUGAUGGCAGAAGGAAGUCCAGUGCAUCCCGGUUGGGAGGUCCAAGCUGUUUUCCGAUUGUUUGUGCUUAAUCAAAACAAGGACACCUGCUUAGUACUUGAAGUCAAUGGAAAACGUUUUCAUAGAAUGAAGCUGGAAUGGGGAUUCGAUCAAUUCAUCCCUCUUAAAACAUUCAACAAUCCCUCCAAUGGAUAUCUUGUAAACGACACCUGUGUCUUUGGGGCAGAGGUCUUUGUGUGCAAGGAACAAAAUACAGGGAAAGGGGAGUGUUUGUCGAUGGUGAAGGAUGCAAUUACUUACAAGAACACUUGGAAGAUUGAUAAUUUCUCAAGGUUGGAUAAGGAGUGUUAUGACUCAAAGGCAUUCAGUGCUGGAGAUCUCCAAUGGAAGAUACAGCUAUAUCCCAAGGGAAAAGGCAGUGGAAUGGGUACCCAUUUAUCUCUGUAUCUAACUUUGGCUGAACCUUCAACUCUUCCUCUUGGUUCUAAAAUAUUUGCAGAUGUUGCACUGCGCAUACUGGACCAGAUGAAAGCCAAGCAUCACUCUGGUAAAGCAAAUUACUGGUUCAGCUUAACAAGACAGGAGUGUAGAGGGGACAGGUUUAUUACACUGGGUCAUUUCAAUCAGCCAAACACUGGUUUUUUGGUGAAGGACAGUUGCUGGGUUGAAGCAGAGAUCACUGUCCACGGGAUGGCUAAUCUAAUGUAAACAAGGGCUUUGCCAUACUCAGUUUGGGGGUGUAAAUUUAAACAUAGAAUCAACUGUGUCCAUUCUUAACCGGAAGAAUUUGUAUGAUCCUGUUUCACCAAAAAUUCUACUUGUAAGAUAAAGAAAAACAAAAACGUUCUAUUUAUCUAAGCUUCUUAACUCCACCAGCUCAAUUGGUCCGCAAUGUAAUAUAUUUCUUGAAUUAAUAUUCAGUAAUGCUACAUGCAUAGAAAAUUAAUAUAUGGCUCAAAUUUA